GACGGCGUCAGUGAGAAAAAAAAAACACAGAGCUAGCAGAGCUAGCGAGAUGCAAAGCGAGCUUUUCUAGCUUGGUAGCAAAUUCAUAAUUUUUUAAAAAUAUAUAUAUUUAAGAAACGAAAUUCUUUGGAGGAAGAAAAUAUUUUCUGUGAAUAUUAAUCGAAUUGAGAGAGAGAGAGAAAGAAAAAGAAAGAGAGCGCGCGAGUUCGGUACCAGAACCACAGCUGACCUCCUUCUUCUUCUCCUCCCUGACGGAUCUCCUAAAUGGAUCAGGACUACGAGCGCCGCCUUCUGCGGCAGAUCAACGUCCAGAAUGACAACUCCAGCCCCAUCAAAGUCACAGACGUGAUCCGUCACCUUACACCCACAAAGUCACCGAUGUCGUCGCCGAGCAAGCACGGAGAUCGGUUCAUCCCGUCGCGAGCAGGAGCCAACUGGAGCAUCAACUUUCACAGGAUCAAUGAAAACGAGAAGUCCCCAAGCCAGAAUAAGAAAACCAAGGACGCAACGUCAGAUACCGGCAAGGCAGCGGACGGUUUGGCAUACUCGGCGCUCCUGAAGAACGAGCUGCUCGGGGCCGGGAUCGAGAAAGUGCAGGACCCUCAGACUGAAGACCGGAGGCUGCAGCCUUCAACACCAGAGAAAAGAAGUCUCUUUAGCUAUACACUCAGCGCCAAGAGAGCCACGCCCGACGAUGGAAACAACGUCUCUCCUUACUCCCUGUCUCCCGUCAGCAGCAAAAGCCAAAAGCUGCUCCGAUCCCCGAGAAAGCCGACUCGCAAAAUCUCCAAGAUCCCUUUCAAGGUCUUGGAUGCGCCAGAGCUGCAAGACGAUUUCUACCUCAACCUGGUGGACUGGUCGUCUUUAAACGUGCUCAGCGUUGGACUGGGGACCUGCGUCUACCUGUGGAGCGCCUGCACAAGCCAGGUGACGCGGCUGUGCGACCUGUCUAUAGAGGGAGACUCGGUGACGUCUGUCGGCUGGUCAGAGAGGGGAAAUCACGUGGCUGUGGGAACGCACAAAGGGUUCGUGCAGAUCUGGGACGCAGCGGCUGGGAAGAAGCUGUUCACACUGGAGGGACACACAGCCCGAGUCGGUGCGUUGGCGUGGAACGCAGACCAGCUUUCCUCAGGCAGUCGGGACCGCAUGAUCCUACAGAGGGACAUCAGGACCCCGCCGCUGCAGUCCGAGCGCAGACUGCAAGGUCACAGGCAGGAAGUGUGUGGCCUCAAAUGGAGCACCGACCACCAGCUGCUCGCCUCUGGGGGAAACGAUAACAAGCUGCUGGUGUGGAAUCACUCGAGCGUGGCGCCUGUUCAGCAGUACACUGAGCAUUUAGCAGCGGUGAAGGCCAUCGCGUGGUCUCCCCACCAACACGGCCUCCUGGCGUCCGGAGGAGGAACAGCCGACCGCUGCAUCCGCUUCUGGAACACGCUCACGGCUCAGCCGCUCCAGUGCAUCGACACCGGCUCACAGGUCUGCAACCUGGCCUGGUCCAAACACACCAACGAGCUGGUUAGCACACAUGGCUACUCACAGAACCAGAUCCUAGUGUGGAAAUACCCAUCUCUCACUCAGAUAGCCAAACUGACUGGUCACUCGUACAGAGUUCUCUAUCUGGCGAUGUCCCCAGACGGUGAGGCCAUCGUGACCGGAGCGGGGGAUGAGACACUGCGUUUCUGGAACGUGUUCAGCAAAACCCGAUCAACAAAGGAGUCGGUGUCCGUCUUAAACCUGUUCACCAGAAUACGAUAAAGGCAUCGCCGCAUCACAUCGUUACAUCCUCUUCACAGAAGGAACUUUUUUUUUUCUCCCCUCCUCCAGCGCGGGAACCGCAGAAAGCCGAGGAGGCCGUGUAAAUCUAUCAUUUGUACAGUUUGGGACUUUCAGAACUCGCUGCGGCACUGCCAUCUCUACCGAUCUCUGUGUCGUCACCAUCGUGUUUUAGUUUUAUGUUCGUUGUACAGUUUAGUUCCUGUUUUUAUGUUACCAUGAAGUGUCUAACGAUGCAAGGCCUUAAGAUCAUUACAUACUUUAACUAAAUGUCCAUGAGGAAAAGGGUGUAAAGGAAAUAGCAUUUGAAUCACUUAAAAAAAUCAGCAUCUCAAAGAAUGUCUAGUGAAUUUCAUGAUCGUUGUUUAUUGAGCAGGAACAUUGUAAAAAUGUGUAUUAAAAAAAAAAUCAUGACUGUACAGUAAGAUGAUGCUGGUAAUAAUUAACAACAAUACAAGACACCCUGAAAGAGCA